AGAAUUUUGGAAAUCAUAGCAUUACGGCCUAUACAUGCCACCGAAAGCAUCUAAGAAGACAUUGUGGGUGGAAUGCGAACGGUGCGGGUGCACUGUAACCUCUAACGAUAAGAAUAUUCAUGUCGAGUUGAAUUGCGGGAAAGAUCAAGUGAAGUGCCCUUACGUAGAGGAUGGCAAGUUGUUCUCUUGGUUGGAGAGAGCUGGAAUCCCUCCUGAAGGCGCUCCUAGAGAUGCAGUGCUUGUACAUCCAUCUGCUGGGACGUUGAUAGGAGCAGUGAUCGGCGGACCCUUGGAGUUGAACAGAGAGGGAGCCCCGACUUUGGUGCGGCGCAUGUGGCCAUCCAAAGCGUCGGCACCGGCUGCUGUUAUAUUACCAGCUGCAGAUUUAGCGGGACAUUGGAGUAGUGAUCACAAGAAGAUAUCAGUCGCAGUGUUACAAGGAGAGGUGUCAACAGCUUCACACAUCACAGUCAAAGUGAAGAGUCAUAAAAUUGAAGCAGAUAUUUGUGACAUUUUAAAGAACCACUUUUACAAGUACUUUGUCUCUGUAGGCACAACACUGGUUUACUAUUACUUUGGCAAGAAAUUGGAAAUUGAAGUUAUGAGUGUAAAAGGUGACAAAUCCGAUGUGAAUACCAGCUGGUGUAUUUUAUGUGAAAAGACUUGUUGGAGUAUGGAGAAGGACAGUGUUCAAAAGGUUAAGAAGAAACCCAUAACUUUAGGAGGUGUUGAUGACAUUUUAGAAGAAAUCAAAACAUUCAUAAAAAUAUCCUUCAAAACGAAUGGUUUAACAGCCAAUUUUCAGCCAACUAGAGGUUUGCUACUUCAUGGCCAUUCUGGAAUAGGCAAAACUGCAAUUUGUAAAUAUUUGAUAGACAAUCUAAAUUGUUUUCAUAUUGAAAUUAAUGGUCCGGCCAUUUUUAGCAAAUAUUUUGGUGAAACUGAGUCUACUAUGAAAAGUUUAUUCUUUAAAGCUGUUGAAAAUGAACCAAGCAUUAUUCUAGUCGAUGAACUUGAGACAAUAUGUCCAAGGCGGUCUUCAGGGAGUACUGAACAAGAAAGGAGAGUCACUUCUGCAUUUGUUUCUCUACUGGACAAUUUACACGAAGAGAAUAGUAGGGUUUUCAUACUUGCGACAACUAGGAAGCCGGAUACAAUUGAUCCAAUGUUAAGGAGAUUUGGAAGACUAGAUAAGGAGAUAGAAGUCCCAGUACCAGACAGAAUAAGGAGAAAAGAAAUUUUGUACAGCCUAUUAAGUAAUUUGCCUAAUAAAGUAUCUUCUCAAGAAUUGGAUUCAAUAGCAGAUUUAGCUCACGGUUAUGUUGCUGCAGAUUUAGUUAAUUUAUGCACUCAGGCUUCAAUGAAAUGUAUAAAACAAUCUAGUGAUGUCAUUGAAAAGGAUCAUCUGGUUUCUGCGUUAACUAUAGUUAGGCCAAGUGCAAUGAGAGAAUUGCUUAUUGAAGUACCAAAUGUGCGAUGGACUGAUGUUGGUGGGCAAGAUAAUUUGAAACUUAAGUUGCGGCAAGCUGUCGAAUGGCCAUUGAAGCAUGCAGAAAGCUUCAAACGACUAGGAGCUAAACCUCCUGGUGGAGUUCUCAUGUAUGGACCACCAGGCUGCUCCAAGACUUUGAUAGCAAAAGCUUUGGCUACUGAAAGUGGACUUAAUUUCUUAGCAAUCAAAGGCCCAGAGUUGUUCUCUAAGUGGGUUGGUGAGUCUGAAAAAGCAGUUAGAGAUUUAUUUACUAAAGCGCGACAAGUAGCUCCUUCUAUAAUUUUUUUUGACGAAAUGGAUGCGAUUGGAGGCGAAAGAGGUGCUGGGGAGGGUGGUGUACAUGAAAGGGUGCUAGCACAACUUCUGACAGAAUUAGAUGGAGUUGUGCCUCUAAAAUCUGUCACCAUUGUGGCAGCUACUAACAGGCCUGAUAGAAUGGACAGGGCGUUACUGCGUCCAGGAAGACUCGACAGGUUGAUCUACGUGCCAUUACCCGAUUUUGAGACAAGACUUCAAGUGUUGGAAUUGAAGCUUAGUAAAAUGACAGUAAGUGAUGAUGUUAACCCUCACAGCCUUGCCACAAGGACAGAUGGUUUCUCAGGGGCCGAAAUCGAGGCUCUCUGCCAGGAGGCAGCUCUUAGGGCGUUGGAGAGAGAUCUUGAAUGUCCAGAAAUUACUAUGGAACAUUUUGAGUUUGUGCUCAAAGAUUUCAAGCCACGGACACCUGCACAUUUGUUGAAAAUUUAUGAACAGUUUGCUCUAGGUCAGAAAUCAGGCUAGCAAUUUGUUAUAUCAAAAUGUUUCUAUACGAAAUCAUUUGUUUAUUUGAAAUUUAUAUUAUAGGUAUUUUAUAUGUUGGAAUGAAAAUCUUAAUCCUAUUUAUUUAUUUAAUAUGUAUGAAACCUUAGCACUACCACAUGUAUAAAUUAAUCAUAAAUAAAUCUAAGUAACCCUUAUUCAA